AUGAUGAAUGGAUUUUUAUUGCUGGGCAUUUUUGUCUCAUCAAUUUCCGCCCAAAAACUGAUAGCUGUGAUUAAUGACAACUGCCCGCCAGAUAUCUACAAGCCAACCGAUAAGAUCCAUUUUACCGAAAAUGGAAAACUGCACUUUUUCUUCUCAAGGAAUUCCACUGUCACCUUCCGCUCAAUUACCGAGACAGAUAGCGUUUUCAAUGGAAAAUACGAAGUUGACCGGGGAACUGUCAUCACGAGAACCAUUACAAAAAAUAAGAAAAUCACAAAACACGAACUGGAAGUUACAGUAGCCGGUGAAGAGAACACAAUUCGCUACGUUCUCAUAGUAACAAAAAUCAAGAGAAAGAUGACUAAGAUGACUUGUGAUCCGAAGGAAUACACGACAAAUGAGAAUAUCAAGAUUAGCGAUAUCCCACCAAACGUUUAUUUCAAUUACUUGACAACUGAAAAUGAUAUUCUCAGAGUUUCUCGGAAAAAUACUGGCAUUGACUUUCAACACGUUUUAAUUAACAGCACUAACUAUGCCAAUGCCACAAAAACAUAUAAGGUUCCACAGAAUCAAAAAUUCAAUAUUGACGUGAAAGCUGGUCAAGAAGGGUAUAUUGUGUUCAAAGUUGGUGGAAACGCAAAAAUGGAGUAUCCAAAUGUUUUGUCUUUUCUUGAAAUUAUGUAA